GUAAAUAGCUCAAAAACUUGACUCCACAAUACAAUUGGCACAAUGUUCGAAAUUAACAACAUUUGACUGAGAUUUUAAUUACGCAACUGGAAGAACAUAGCCCCCUUUUCACCCACGCACACACCACUGUCCGCUUAGUUUUUCCCGCCGGUGGCGUGUGUACACACUGGCCACCAAAUGCAGCACCUGACGAAAUCGUUACGUUUACUAACGUAUUUUCCCGCGGGAAAGAGAGUCCUUCCUCCAGGGUCAUGUCCUUUUUGGGUCCUGAAGAAGGGGUACUCCUCGGAGCCCGUGGAACUGAGCUUCGAUUUGUACACGGGCGAAGGAACCGACGAAACGAGGCCACCUUUGUUGACCUACCACGGACUAUUCGGUUCCAAGCAGAAUUGGCGGGGAAUUAGCAAGGCUCUGGUGCGGAAAGUGCCCAGAAAGGUGUAUGCUAUAGAUGUCCGGAAUCAUGGCGAGAGUCCCCAUUCGAGUGUCCACAAUUCGGGGGCAAUGAGCGAGGAUUUGCGUCUCUUUAUGGAGCAGCGCAACCAUCCGAAAGCCGCCUGCAUGGGACACAGCAUGGGAGGUCGCUCCAUGAUGUACUUCGCCCGCAAAUACCCCGAGAUGGUGGACCGAUUGAUAGUAGUGGACAUAUCACCCAUAAGCGUGCCGCGUUCCACUGGCGAGAUGACGGAAAUCUUCGACGCGAUGGUCUCCCUGGAUCUCUCACCGUCUUUGUCCAUGUCGGAGGGCAGGAAAUUAGCCAGGGAAAAACUACUAGAAGCCACCGAAGACGAGACCGUGGACUUCAUCAUGCUGAAUCUGCGGAAAGAUCCCGAUUCGGGGGCAUUCUCGUGGGCCUGCAAUGCCCAGGUUCUUAGAGAUUUCCUCACCCGCUUCGAUAACUACCAAAGUAAUCUGGAAGAACUGCCUCCGUAUACGGGACCCACCACUUUUAUCUGCGGAUCGCGUUCACCCUACAUGAGACGCGAGCAAUGGCCGCAAAUUCAGGAGAUGUUCCCGAAUUCCGAGAUUCACUGGCUGGAAGCCGGUCAUCUGGUGCACUUUGAACAGCCGCAAGAAUUUUUAACAUUAGUCAGCGAGUUCCUAAACAGAUCUGACUGAACCACCAAAUUGUUAUGUUAGCCAAUUGUACAAAGGAGUCAAUAAUAUAUAGGCUUUAGCUAAAUAAACUUAAAAACUCUUUUUUUGGAUAGGUUUUCUACAUGUAACAUUAUAAAUGGAAAACGUAUAUGAAAUAUAAGGUUUAAUUUCCUGUUUAUAAAACAAAAAAGUUGUUGCAUACUUUCAAUUUAAGAUCUGUACAGAUCAAGAUAGUAAACCUUCACAAAAAAGAGCAGGAUAGCAACAUUUUGAUAAGGCUUAAAUAAUCAAAUAACAUUAUUUUGAAUAAAUUAGUCAUUUUCUUGCGGGUACAGUAGCUAAAAUUUAACGCCUGAUAUAGAAAACUAAAAUCAAAUAUAAGCCAAUAAUUAUUUGAUUAGUUAAGUGAACCACGGUUUGUAUUACCGGUUAUCGGUUGGUAUUAUAACCAAAUAAAAAUUAAUUCAGCUUUUAAAUAAGCAACAUUAAACCUGA